AUGUCGCCAUCCGCGAACGCGACCACGAACGGCUCCGCGAAUGGCUCUCGCGGUGAAGAACAUGUCGAGGACGCAUCACGUGCGCUCGAGUUGAUCAAGCAAUAUGGCUCAAAGGGCGGCAUUGCUGUGCAGGACCUCAUGGAUCCGAAGAAGAUGGGAGGUCUCACAUACAACGAUUUCCUCCUGCUCCCAGGCUACAUUGGCUUCCCAGCCAGCGACGUCGACCUGACCUCGAAGCUUACACGGAACAUCACCCUCAAGACGCCUUUUACGUCAUCUCCUAUGGACACAGUGACCGAACAUAACAUGGCGAUUCACAUGGCACUCCUGGGUGGCGUCGGUGUCGUUCACCACAACUGCUCGAUCGAAGACCAGGCAGGCAUGAUCCGCAAGGUUAAGAGAUUCGAGAACGGCUUCAUCACGGACCCAGUCGUCAUCUCACCCAAGACUACAGUCGCCGAGGCGAUUGCGCUCAAGGAGAAAUGGGGAUUUGGCGGCUUCCCUGUCACUGAGGAUGGCCAGCUGCGAAGCAAGCUUAUUGGCAUUGUUACUCCUCGAGACACCCAAUUCGUCUCCGAACACAACACGCCAGUCACCGAAAUCAUGUCGACCGACCUAGUUACCGCAAGUGAGGGUGUAAGCCUGCAGGAGGCCAACACAAUCCUCAGCAAGAGUAAGAAGGGUAAGCUCCCGAUCGUGGACGGACAAGGCAACCUCAUUUCUCUGCUCAGCCGCAGCGAUCUGAUGAAGAACCUCAACUACCCACUCGCGUCCAAGGUACCAGGAACAAAGCAGCUGCUCUCAGCUGCUGCGAUUGGCACUCGGCCAGUGGACAAGGAAAGAUUGGCUGCGCUCGCAGAAGCAGGCUUGGAUGUGGUGAUCCUUGACUCCAGCCAAGGCAACUCCAUGUAUCAGAUCGAGAUGAUCCGGUGGAUCAAGCAGAACUACCCACGAAUGGAAGUCAUUGGUGGCAACGUGGUCACUCGUGAUCAGGCCGCCUCCCUCAUCGCAGCUGGCGUGGACGGUCUCCGUAUCGGCAUGGGGGCCGGCUCUGCUUGUAUUACCCAGGAAGUCAUGGCUGUCGGUCGACCACAGGCAACUUCGGUCUACGAGGUGACAGAGUUCGCUUCCAAGUUCGGCGUGCCAUGCAUUGCCGAUGGUGGUAUUCAGAACGUCGGUCACAUCGUUAAGGCUCUUGCACUUGGUGCCAGCACGAUUAUGAUGGGUGGUCUGCUCGCCGCCACGACAGAGUCGCCCGGUGCAUACCUUGUCGGUCCAGACGGCCAGCUCCGCAAGACAUACCGAGGUAUGGGCUCCAUCGACGCUAUGGAGGACAAGAAGGCCGGUGGUGUCGGUGACAAGAGCAACAACACCGCCAAGAACGCAGGCACAGCUCGGUACUUCUCGGAAGGCGACAAGGUCUUGGUUGCACAGGGUGUCUCCGGGUCAGUGCUUGAUCGUGGCAGCGUCACAAAGUUCCUGCCAUACCUCUCGGCCGGUGUGCAGCAUUCACUCCAGGACGUAGGCGUCGACAGCCUCGAGAAGCUGCAGCUUGGCGUUCGAGCAGGCGACGUGCGAUUCGAAUUCCGAACAGCCAGCGCGCAAGCAGAGGGCAACGUGCACGGCAUGAGCAACGUUGAGAAGAAGCUUUACUCAUAA